AGCUGGACUGUUGGAGCCGCUGUGGCUAGAGCCGCUGUCGAUGGCCGUGCUGCGGAGUGUGGCCUCUCUGUGGCCACCUAGACGCCGGGUGCGCAAGCCUGGACUCUCUUCGGAAUGCACAGCGUUGUUGCCGGAGCCACCGUCAAUGCUAUGCUGCGGAGUGUGGUAUUUCUUUGCUCUCUGGCCCGGCCUGCCACAUGCGGGGCCACUGGGGCUGCGCUGUCGAAAACGAGUGACAGGUCCAUAUCGCCUCUACAUCGCCCCGUGCUUGCGCGGCUUCGUCGUGCCACGCCAGCGAUAGAGACCCAACACUUUCCAGCGCGGCGUGCCAUGCCCUCUCAAUCCCCGUUUGGAUGCCUAGCGAUAUGUGCACGUCCCCUCGUCGCUGCUUCCACGCGUGAGUAUGAAGGGCUGCGCACGCCGGCCGCGUAUCUGUGUGCGUCUGCGCCUAAGUCGGUGAUGAGGGUGCCAGAAAGCGGGCUGUCUUUAGCUACCGCCGCCCUUCCAUACUAUGCCCGCCCGCUAGACUCGAGUGCUUGCUCCUGCCUGUGCUCCUGCUUGUGUUGCUGAGCCCCGUACUGGAUUGGCGCGCAUGAUGUAUGGCUUCCUGUUGAGCGCGGCCCAAUGAAUGAUAGCGUUGGCGUUGGUGAUAACAAAUAAUGGAUAGUUGUUUUAAAGCGAUA